AUUCCUGAAGAGAGCAGCCCUGCUGCACCAGCUGCUCACCAGCAUCUGCCCGAUUUCCUAUUUAAAUAGCCCAGCACAGACAGAACUUUUCUUCCCCCGAUGGGAAGGAGUGCUAAUUGCUCAGCCGUGCCAUGCACACACGGCCACCAUGUUGCUAUGAUCUCAAAGAUGGGUAACGUCAGCAUCCUGGGGACCCUCCUCCAGCCGGGAUCGGUGAGCCAAGGCUGAGCUACACGGAGCAGCAGUGCCGGAGGAGCAGCAGAGCCACGCACCAGGGCACCCUGGGAGAGGGGAAUAGCUGUGUCAUAAAUAUUACUGUAUGUGCAAUCUCAGCUGCUGAAAUGAACUUGAAGUCCCCAAUCUAAAGAAAGGCACUGAUUAGAAGCAGCAAUGCUCCUGCUCUGAUAUGGAAAGCAAGCACUGUGCAAGUGAGACAGCCAUCCCUCGCAUCCUCCAGGGGAGGAAGAAAGCUGCUCAGGCACAAAGCUUCCUCUGCCCUCCGUGCCGCUGCCAGCCCCGAGGACUCUCACUGCAAACGGCUGAACUGGAGCCACCGCACCACUCCAGCAGAGAAAAGCAGCAGCUCACCAGGAUGCUCUGAGAGCUGUUCCACUUGCACAGAGGGAUACGAUUCUCAUUUGCUUUAUUCAUGAAGCCUUGGAUGUCAGAGGGCAGCCUGUGACCAGCAGGCAUGGGGAACAGCUCUCUGUGGGACAGCUUGAACGGCACCUGCAGCAAUGCAGCCAACAGCUCCUACCUGGACAGCGAUAUGAUGUUCAACUUCACCUUCCAAGAGCAAUCAGCUGAUUUCUAUGUUGUCCUCCCCGUGAUUUACUCCGUAAUCUGUGCUGUUGGGCUCACAGGCAAUACUGCUGUCAUCUAUGUGAUCCUCAAGGCUCCCAAGAUGAAGACUGUGACAAACAUGUUCAUCCUGAACCUCGCUAUAGCCGAUGACUUGUUCACACUCGUCUUGCCCAUUAAUAUCGCUGAACACCUCCUCCACUACUGGCCCUUUGGAGAAGUCCUCUGCAAGGUCAUCUUGUCCAUAGACCACUACAACAUUUUCUCCAGCAUUUAUUUCUUAACAGUGAUGAGCAUAGACAGGUACCUGGUAGUACUGGCUACAGUCAGAUCCAAGAGGAUGCCACACCGUACAUACCGAGCAGCCAGGAUCGUCAGCUUGUGCAUCUGGAUCCUAGUCACCAUCAUAGUUCUCCCUUUCAUCAUCUUUGCCAACGUAUACAUGGAUGACCUGAAGAUCAAGAGUUGUGGUCUAAAUUUCCCCAAGCCUGAAAGGUUUUGGUUCAAAGCCAGCAGGAUCUAUACCCUCAUCCUUGGCUUUGCCAUUCCAGUGUCCACUAUCUGCAUCCUCUACACCAUGAUGCUCUACAAGCUGAGGAACAUGCACUUGAACUCUAAUGCCAGAGCUCUGGACAAAGCCAAGAAGAAAGUCACCAUCAUGGUCUUCAUCGUUCUGGCCGUGUGUCUCUUCUGCUGGACCCCCUUCCACCUGGCCACCAUCGUGGCUUUGACCACUGACUUGCCCCAGACCUCCAUGGUCAUCGGUAUCUCCUACUUCAUCACCAGUCUAAGCUAUGCCAAUUCAUGCUUGAAUCCUUUCUUGUAUGCUUUCCUGGAUGACAGCUUUCGGAAAAGCUUCCGGAAGAUGCUGGAAUGCAGAACUUCUUGAACAGUGGACCGGGGGGCUCACAGCUCCCUUCCCUCCCAUAGCUUUGCAGCGGAAACAUUGCAAACUUCAGGGGGUGGCUAACAAAUGCACAGGUGUUCUCUUUAGAUUGUACGUAACGUAUGUUUACCAUUAUCACUCACAGUUUGUCCAGCAUUUUCCAUCUCUGCAUCCCCAAACUUCUCAAAGCUGUAUUUCUACGUUCUCGUUUUGAAUCACAGUCCAAACCAGUAAGGACAGAAAACUUCUCUUUCAAAGGUUUGCUUCUGCUCCGCAGCAGUUCUUUAUUGCCAUCUGCUGUACAGCACAGUGAAGCUGUAGAAUAGCUUUCAGACUGAGGGAGCAGCAGGGCUACAUUCACUUUGUGACGUAUCAACAGCACAGAGGAUGCAAGAUGAGUAUUUGGAAAGAGAAAAUAACCACUUUCAUGUCUCUUUGCUUUUCUUUGAGGGAUGUCAGCUCCACUCUGACCCCAGUUUCCUUCGUUCUUGAACUGUUAACAGAAGUUACUUUUAAACC